AUCAUGAUGUUCAUUCAUUAUUAAAAUAGAAAUUUCCCAUAAAAUCUGCUGUUUUUAAUUGGAAAAACACAAUAAACCCGGUUCAAAUUUUAAUUAUGCACCUACCACAUUAAUUUCAAUUGAAGAAAAUUUCAGUUUAAUUUGUACAGGAUUCUGCUAUUCGAAAGGUAAAUACAAACAAAAAUACAAUGAAAAACCAAAUGCUGGCUAAUGAAAAUUUGAGCCCCGAAAUGGGUGUGGGCUCCAGAAUAGAGUCCGGGGGCUUUUUUGGUACUGUGAGGUACAUUGGGGAAUUGCCUGAGCAUUCUGGUAAAUGGUACGGGAUCGAGUGGGACGAGCCAACAAGAGGGAAACAUAAUGGCACAGUAAAUGGGGUACAGUAUUUUGAAACAAGGUAUGCCACCUCAGGCUCUUUUGUAAGAAGAGAAAAAAUCAACUUUGGGAAAAACAUUAUCGAAGCAAUUGUAGCUAAAUAUGGCCAAGAAGAGUGUGCUUUAGUCAAAAAAAUCCAUGAACAACAAAUAAAUAAUUUACAAAAAACCAUUAAAGCACCUUUUAUAGAAUUUGUAGGCUUUGACAAGGUUAGCACCAAACAAAGUGAUUUUGAGUCUCUGGAAAUAGUGAGUGUGAGAUCUCAAAAUGUGAGCAGCGUACAAGGUGAUUUGAGAAGUUUACUUCCAAGUAUCAGGCAACUAGACUUGUCAAAAAAUCUUCUAAUUUCCUGGCAACAAAUUUUCGAAAUAUGUGAACAACUGAGUCAGCUUUAUUGGCUCAACGUUAGUCAAAAUGUUUUUGUAUUUCCUGAAAAUAUCACUCAAGUAUUCUGUAAUGUUACUGUCUUCAUUUGUGGAUAUAUGAAUCUCACCUGGCAAGACAUUAAAAAAUUAUCCAAAAUAUUUCCCAAUAUAAACGAGCUUAGGGCUAAUAAUAAUAAUAUUACUUAUUUAACCACAGAGGCAAAGAAUUGUUUCAAUAAUCUGGAAAUUUUGGAUUUGGAAGACAACCCUAUAUUGAGCUGGGACGAAAUUGUUAAACUUAAAAACAUAAAAAGUUUGCAAGAUUUAUCUAUUGGCAAUAUUGGUUUGCAAAAGAUUGACUUCAAAACUGAAUUAGCAAAAUUGGAUUAUUUUUUUAAUUUAACUAAAUUGUGCAUUAAUAAUAAUUCAAUCAAUGAUUGGACUUCUGUAAGUGAACUAAACAAAUUGCCAAACUUAGAAGAAUUGAGGUUUCUAAAUAAUCCAAUUUUAAGUACCGAAGAACGUGAUACUUCAAUUGCCCUUGUGAUUGCAAAAAUUGGCACUUUAAAGGUCCAUAAUGGAAGAAAUUUAGUGGGCGAAUUUAGAGAAGGUGGUGAAUUUAGAAGAGGUUGUGAAUAUGAUUAUUUGAAAAAGUACGGAAUUGAAUGGUUGAGAGUUAAAAAUACUCUUGAACAAGCUGAGUUUUUAAAGGAGCAUAAUAGAUAUUUGGAACUUAUACAACGAUAUGGUGAACUAGAACUGGGCGAACUUCAAUUAGAAGACACGACCAAAUUGAAAAACUCCCUUAUUACAAUCAAACUUUUUUGCCAAGAGCGCAUAGUAACGAAAAAGGUGUGCCCAUCGAUGCAGGUGCAAAAACUCAAAAUUUUAGUACAAAAAUUGUUCAAAUUGUCAGGAGAAUUUGAAUUAAUUUGCGAAGCUUGUGAUAGUUUUCAAGUAACUUUAGAUGAUGAAUCCAAGGGGCUGAAUUAUUUUAGCGUUAAAGAUAACGAUACGAUAAUUGUAAAAAUAUGAGAUUUGUUUAUUUUAGCUUAACAAAAUGUGAUAAUCUGCGUUGUAUAAUAAUAUUUAUAUUUUUCACCAUGAAUAAUUUGAAUUAAAAGAGAGUUUUUGAUA